GCGAGAUGGGGCGCCCGUGGUGUCGUGAGUGGCGGACCGGCCGACGCCGACCGCCGCCGCUGCCGCUGCCGCUGACCUCCCCGAGUCUGCUCGUAUGCUGCGGCAUCCUCAUCAUCGCAGCCACAGGUGUGGUUGGCGACUUCAGUCCAGAAAUCUGCGGUACCAACCCUUGUCAGAAUGGGGGAAUCUGCUACGAAAUGCUAUCAUCCAUCACUAAUGCUGUGUAUUUGAGCGACGGACUACGGGGCUCCGUCAGCCGGCCAAACUCCGUCGGCGAAGGCAGCGCCGCCUCUCCCAAACUCUCAACGACUGGUGGCGCCACUACCACCGUGAGGUCGAUCGGAGAAGGGUACCGUCCCAAGGCGGCGGAGGAGGCAUCAUCCACAUCAUCUCGGCCAGCCCAUACCAGCUCGACAAAGACAAAGUAUUUAUCAACCAGCUCAAUCACAGCAAACAGUCCAACAGGAGCAGCCACUACCACGACCACCAUCGCUUCUACCACUCGUGUCACCUCAGCCGCUGCCGCCGCCGCCAUCUCCGCCGCCGCCAUCACCGCCAGCCCGCCCACUCCCGGCGCCAGCUCCAGGACUGCCCCUGCCUCCCAUCCGUCUCGGGCAGGUCCCAAACCAUCCCCUCCCCCGUCCACUCCGUCCGAGCUACAGUACACGGUGGGCGUGUACCAGCCCGAGCAGGAGGCGCCUCUGACGCUGUGUCCGCCGCCGUUCCUGCUGAUUCGCGGCCUCUGUCUGUACCUGAGCGACAGCCGGCAGGGCGCCGAGGACAGCCGCCGGCUGUGUCGCAGCCUCGGUGGGCGACUCGCCGAUGUUGGUGACGAGGAGUCGCUGCUGCUGACGCGACUGGUGUGGCCACCGCCGCCGCCGCGCGGUCUGUACGCCUGGGUGGACGGUACCGUGGGCCAGGUGGGGCGGCGCCGCCAGCGCCGCACGCUGAUCGGGCGCCGUCUGUGCACGGCCGCCACGGCCGCCACCGGUCAGCUGGCGCUGAGACACUGCGAGGAGCCGCACCGUGGUCUGUGCGAGCGGCAGCCGCUGAGCACGGCACCCCACCGGCCGAGGAGGAGUCCACGGAGCCCUCCGUCCAGCGCACCGAGUCCUAUGAGCUUGCCAGAGGAGGAGACCUGCCACUGUGAGGAGGGAUACGGAGGCGACGACUGCGUGAAGGCCCUUGAGAACGACGGACAUGAGUUCGAGUACUGCCAGGACACGAGAAUCGGUGGCGCAUCUGGAAAAGCAAUCAUAGUGGACUUUGGUGCCAUGGGUCGCUUCCCAUGGGAGACGAGUCGCCCGCCGGUGAACUGUCCCAGCCCGGACGUGCCCCUUCCGGCUGACUCCGACGGCUGUGUCGUGCCUUCUAGCGAAGCUAUCCUACGCUACUGGUGUCAGGGAAAGAAAGAAUGCACUCCCAGCAUCGACUUGCUGUCUGCCUACUUCACGGAUGCCUGUCACUUUGACGUGGACGGCGGAUUAGACGUAUCGAUGCGGCUCUACCUUCGCUAUCGUGACGACAGCCAGACUAGCGACGUCAGCUUCUGUCGCUACGGGGGCACCUACGACAGGGACACGCGCACCUGCUACGGCGUCACCGGCUCAGAAGGCGACUUUGAACACCAGGUAACGACGUGCCGAGAUAUGGGUGGUGACAUAAUCUACAGUCUCGACAGCGCCGACUACCCGGGGUAUUUGAGCCUACUCAAAAAGCUGGCUGCCGACGCAGGCCUCUCCAGUGAUGAGGAUAUCUGGCGGAUGGGCAGUGCCGAGGAACCGAGACCGGUGGUGGACAUGAAUCACAUGCCCAGCGAGCCGUAUCCGUGUCUCUCCCUGAAAACCGGCUCGGAAAAGACGUGCGGCGUCGGCAAGGAACAGCAGCUGUACACGGUGUGUGCCCUGCCGCCGUGGCCGGGCCAGCCGGCUCCCCAGUGUCCCCCGGUACGGUUUGACGACUACGGCCUGACGUUUCCCGAGACUCCGGGUGGGAAGAAUGUGACCCAGCCGUGCGGCGCGGGCUACACGGGCUCUGCCAGCUACAUGUGCGGCGUGGACGGACAGUGGAGCUCGCAGUACCCCGACCUCUCUGGCUGCCGCUCGGACAACAUCAACACCGACGAUGCCAAAAAGCGUCUGGACAAGGGCACAGAGCCUGUCUCGGACAUCGUCUCCGACCUGGCAACCAAUGUCACCAGGCAGACGUCACAGAACAAGCCGCUGACGUCGGGUGACGUCAUCAACUCUGUGCAGCUGCUGCCACAGAUGGUGUCCGCUCAGCAGGCCCAGCUCAGCGGACAGGCCGACCAGCAGACUGUCGCUAAACAGUAUCUGGGUAGCAUAACCAGUCUUGUCGGCGGCCUGACGAGCGGCGAGACGUCUUGGCACGGCAUGUCCGAGACUGAGCGCUUCGAUACGUCCACGGUCCUGCAGCGAAACGUGGAACAGUCGGCCUACCUGCUGGCAUCCUACCUGGACAAUCAGCACGAGGACUUCAGCGAGAGCACCAUCCGUCUUCGCACGGGUCGGUACAGCUCGCUGAAGGGUAACCUCGAGUACCGCACACAGCAGGGGUCCACUGUGACGCUGCCGGACGAGGUCGGUAGGUUCAACGAUAGCGGCAGCACCACCAUCGUCUUCGUCGAGUACGGCAACCUGGACUGCCUGCUUGGCGCAGAGAAGUGCAGCACCCCUGAUGAGUUGCGUCAACGGACCGACCUGCAGUACGAACGGUUCGUCAACUCCCCAGUGGUCAGCGCCAGCGUCGGCAACACCUCCGUCACCUUUGAAAACUCCAACAUCACGCUCACCUUCAAAACUCGCCUCUCGGCCGCCAGCUUCAACGUCUCAAACUACCUGUGCGCCUACUGGAACGAGAAAACAGAACAGUGGGCUGACGACGGCUGCUCUCUGGGAAGAAUUACAAACGAAUCGGUGGAGUGUCUGUGUAACCAUCUCACCAGUUUCGCCACACUGAUGGACAUCAACGGCGUCAUUGAGGAGGGCUCGGCUCUGGACCUGGCGCUCAGCUGGCUCACCACCAUCGGCUGCGUCAUCAGCCUCAUCAGCCUGGCCAUCUGUCUGCUGGUCUUCACCGUCAUCCCGACACUGAGGAGCGAGCGGACCUCGGUCCACCGCAACCUCUGCUUCUGUCUCUUCACCGCCGAGUUUAUACUCCUCGCCGGUUUGCAGCCCCACGGUAACCCGACGGGCUGUGCUAUCGUUGCCGGUCUGCUGCAUUUCUUUUUCCUGGCUGCGUUCGCCUGGAUGUGCAUUGAAGGAGUUCAGAUUUAUCUGAUGGUUUACAAAGUAUUUGCUUCGAGAAAGUCGCACAUGCGCUACUUUUAUGCAUGCGGCUAUGGCAUUCCGGCACUCAUUGUAACCAUAUCGGUGUCAGUCACCAAAGGAGAAGGCUACGGCUCUGAAACAGCAUGCUGGCUGAGCACAGAUAAUGGACUCAUCUGGGCAUUUGCCGGUCCUCUCCUCUUCGUCGUUUUGGUGAACAUAUGCGCUCUGGUAAUGGCUCUGCGAGUGACGGCACGCGCCCCCAAGGGUCGCAGCACCAAGGCCCCGCCGCAGGCCUCCACCUGGAUCCGUGGCUCGGCCUCUCUGGUCGCCAUCCUGGGCACCACCUGGCUGUUCGGAUUCCUGUACUUCACCAACGGGCUGCUGGCUUUCUCUGUCAUAUUCACAAUUUUGAACUCCCUGCAAGGGUUCUUUAUCUUCCUUUUCCACGUCUGGCUGAAUGACAAGAACCGAACAGAAGCGCAACGUUUCGUGUGGAAGACAACGAACCGUAUGGGUCUCACGGAGCACGACCUGACGACUACCUCGGCGGCACAUACCUCGAGGGCGCACGGUGGACACACAGUGGAGACGUCAGUAGCCGCCCCGGCCGUGUCUCCCCGACCAAACGGCACCAACGGCACCAACGGCACCAGUAACGACACCAACCAGACGCCCAAGAAGGCCGGCGGAGCUGGCAACCUGGUCACAAGAGCUCUGCGGCGGGUGAACGGUCAACGCAUCGGGGAAUCAAUCAACGGGGAGGCGCCGAGCCCGACUGCCGAGAGCCGCAGGCCUCUGCAGCACAUAGCCGGGGGCCAGGCGAACACUGGUGGCGAUGCAGCCUGAGACUGGCGGUAAACUGAGCUUGGAAGGACCUCACCCCGCCACCCCACAGCUACUGAUACCUACAUUUAUCGAUGUGUCAUGUUAAUGAUAUAAUGGUGUAUCGUUCUUUUUUCGAGGGCAGCCAAUGAACUGAGAUUUAUUUUUUAGAUUGAUGUCGUGUGUGUGUGUGCUAUGUGCGAUACAUAAAGCCAAUGGCAUGGUAAGAGGGCGUGAAAGAUAUCCAAGUAUAGUUUGUGUUAACGGAUUAUAUUGCAUCUACAUAGGUUAUACCGUAAGGGGGCAGACACUGCCGACUAUUUUCUGUAAUCAAAGGAACACGUCGUAGUAGCACCUCAAUAGAAGGCCUAAAUAGAUCAAUAUAGGCACACACCAUGGCCUACAUAUUGUUGACUAUUAGCCUAUACAGUAUAUAUCCCCCUAUUGGCCACUCAGAAAUAACUGCGAGAUCCAUCGAAUGCUGCCAAGUGUGACAGGUAGUUCUGUGUAGAUAUGUGUCGUUAACGGGAUCGCCGUUUAUUUAUUUUGAUUCGGCUGUGAAUGGCAUGUUACGUACGAGUGCAAGGAAGAUUGUAAUUUGUCAUGUAUAACACUGUAGAAAGCUGCAGCCAGCAGCUCAUCCCUCAGAUGAGCAAAGGCGAGAGCAACAGACAUCUUACACAGGUGUUGCGUAUAGCUGCCGAAAAUGUUCGAUGUUAUAACAGUUCUUUUCUGUGUGUGUGCUAGACUAGUCUGUGUGUUGUUGGUCGUUGAGCAUCCCUGUGUAUAGAGAUAGUCCUGUUGAUUGUAUGUUAGUAAGCCCUGAGAAGUAAGUUUAUCGCAUAUUUGUUUGACCAAUAUAGUCCAUAUGGUAUUUUCGAGGUAAAGCUUUCUUGCGUUCAUUCACGCUACAUGCGCUCCAAACUUGACCCUGACGCUUGGACGCUAUCACUGACACUAGGUCUAUGUCUUUCGAAAUUCCUGUUUAUUUUUCGUCUAAAUUAGAUCAUAUUUAACCCGCGCCCCACUGGGGUCUGUGUAUAACACGCCCUACUGGGGGGGGGGGGGCUAUUCAUAGCCCCCCCUCCUAACUCCGAAACUACUGGGCCGAUCGUCAAAAUUCAAACGGCGUCUGAUAGCCCCGGAAAAACUGUCGCGCGAAACCUAAUUUCAUUGACCUCGAGGUCACCGAUGACGUCACAGGUCAGGUCAAAGUAAAAAUUAUUAGUAUUUUAGCUUGUUCACAUUUUGGGCUCUGGCCGCCGUCUUACAAGUCAGAUCAGGCUCAUUUUUGGUACACACACUCUUAAACAGAUGCUCUAGAUACCCUGAGGGUACAAAGCUUUUACUUUGAUUUUCAGGUCAAGGUCAGGUCAUCAUAGGUCACGAAAAUAUUUUAUCAUGCGUCGGUCACGUGACACAUGUUUUAUGGUCCAUUUAGGCCAUAGAUUUCGAAUUUGAUGUCGUCUGUGUCAUUCGAGGUCAUUUUGAGUCGAAUUUAGCUUAGGUCAGGUCACUUUCAGGUCAAAAAAGGUCAAAUUUUGAGGUUAAAAUUUUUCAACAAAAAAGGUGUCUAUUGGAUGCAGUUUGAGCUCAGGAACACGAUGGUGCCAUUUAUAUUGGUGUACGAUGUCAAAUACGUACUGAAAAAUUGAUUUGAAAAAUUAAUAAUUGUGAAUUUUUUGCAAUAAUGCGUAUAACUUGGCCAUUUUUGAAGAUAUUUAGCUAAAACUUGCUAGAGUUAGUCAUAAUCAAGCGUUCUGUCACAUAUAUUCUGGUUUUUUCGAAAAGUCAAAAACUUUUUGAAAAAAAUAUAAAAAUACAUAUUUUUAAUAUUAUUAUAUCAAAUUUUCGAAAUUUUCAAAAUUUUGAAAAUUCGAGAUAGCAGUUUGAUAGCGCGGUCAAUUCUGAGUCCUUUCAUGCAAAGAAAUUGGAUCUAGCUUAAAAACUGAGCUCUUGGGAGCGAUUGCCGUGGUUCAAUGUUUUGCGUCGAAAUCGGCCGAACAUGACGUCACUCUGACGUCAUUUCCGGCCGACCUAUGGCAGCUACGAAGUUCAAAUUUUGACACAAGGUGUCAAAUUGAUGCAGCCAAAGGUACUGUAAGUUUGGCGUCGAUCCGUCAAGCGGUUUGGAAGUUAUUGCAGAAAAACGGGAGGGGGGGCUAUAAAUAGCCCCCCCCCCCCCAGUGGGGCGCGGGUUAAACACUAUUGUCAUGAUGUGUGUGGUCGCGAACGUGAAAAUAUACAUCUGUCAUACA